CCCGCGCGCCGCUUCCGGGUCCCGAGGCGCGGCCGGCGAGGAGCGGGGUCGGAGGUCGGAGGUCGGAGGUCGGAGGUCGGAGGUCGGGGCCAUGGGCGGGAAGAACAAGCAGCGGACCAAGGGGAACGUGAGGCCGUCCAGCAGCGGCCGCGCGGCCGAGCUCCUGGCCAGAGAGCGGGGGACGGUCCCGGGCUUCCUCGGCUUCGGGACGUCCCCCGGCGAGCCGGGCUACGUCCCCGCCGUCCAGGGGGCCGAGGAGACGGACGGCCCGGUGGAGGCGGACUUCCGCGUGGUCCUGCGCAAGCUCUCCAAGAAGGACGUCACCACCCGACUCAAGGCGACGCAGGAGUUCGGAGCCAUGUGUCGAGAGCGCGACGCGGAGACCGUCAGGGGAGUCCUCCCGUACUGGCCCCGGAUCUACUGCAAGAUCUCCCUGGAUCACGACCGGCGGGUGCGGGAGGCCGCCCAGCGGGCCUUGGAGAGGCUCGUCACCAAAGUCCGCAAGCACCUGGCCCCUCACCUCAAGAGCCUCAUGGGCUUCUGGCUCAUGGCCCAGUGCGACCCCCAUCCGCCCGCCGCCUCCGCCGCCCGCCUGGCCUUCGAGGCCGCCUUCCCCCCCGGCAGGCAGGCCGACGCCGUGGCCUUCUGUCUGGACGAGAUCCUCGGCACGCUGCGGGACCACCUCCUGAAGGAGACCCCGGACACCGUCAGCGAUCCGCAGACCGUCCCGGAGGAAGAGAGGAAGACCAAGUUCUUCCGGAUUCUGACCUGUUCCCUGUCGGCCCUGAAGAGGCUGCUCGGCCUGCUGCCGAGCGCCGAGGUGGGCUCCGCGGAGGACAAGCUGAAGCCCCUCCUCUCCCAGGCCAAGUUCUGGAAAUACGGCAGACACGAGGCCCCUCAGGUGCGCGCGGCCUUCUUCGAGCUGGCGUCGGCGCUGUGCCGGCACGCGCCGCGGACGGCGAGGGAGCGGGCGGCCCGGCUGUGCCCCGCCGUCCUCCUCGGCCUCGACGACGGCGACCCCCUGGUCUGCCCGGCCCUCUGGGAAGCCGCGCUGUACGUGCCGACCGUCGUGGAGGACUGCUGGAGCCACGUGAACGCGUGGAAGGGCGUGUUCCCCAAGCUGUGGGCCGUGAUGCGCGAGGGCGGCCGCGGGCAGGCCGCCGUCGUCCACCCUCACCUCCUGCCCCUGCUCAGCAAGAUCCCCGCCUCCGUCCUGGAGCCCAGGCUGGAGUUUUUCCAGAACUUCUUCACGUCCCUGGUCCGGGGGCUGUCGUCGUCGGGGGCCGCGGCCAGCCCCGCGGAGCGGGCCGCCAUCUUCGCCGCCUUCGCGGAGUGCUGCCGCUUCGUCACGCUGCAGAGCCUGGGCGCCGCCGACGAGGACCGGGCCCUGCGCCGGAUGCUCGUCGACAGUCAGCUGGUCCCUCUGGUCGGAGCCGGCCUCCGGGACGCGCGAUGGCAGAACGGCCCGCUCUUCUCCCAGACGGCCGGGGUCCUGAGCGCCUGGGAGGCCGCCGCCGAGAGCCCCGGGGAGGGCCCGGAGGCCGCGGCCGCGGCGGCGGCCUUGAACGGAGUCCUGUCCGGCCUGUGGGAGAGCCUGGCCCGCCUCUGCCGGGACGUCGUGGCCCCGCCGGAGGCCGAGGCCGCGGCCCUGGCGGGCGUCGCCGGCCUGCUGCGGGCCCUCCGGGCCCCCGGGGCCUCCCCGGGGGCGGGGGGCCGGGCGGCCGGCGGGCCCGCCCGGCCGGGCCCCGUCUCGGCCCGGCGGGAGGCCCCGCUGGAAGCCUCGGUCUGCCGGCUGGCCGCCCUGAGCCUCGCCCUCGUCGAGGAGCACGGGUCCGGGCGCCACCUCGCCUUCCUCGCGGCCCUGCUCGACUCCUGCCCGUCGGACGCCUUGUUCCGGGUGCUGGCGGGCGAGGAGGGCGGGGACCCCCCGGCCCCGGGGGCCCCCGGCCCCGCCGUGCGCUUCGUGGAGCGGAGGCUGCCGGUCUGGCUGGGGGCCCGCCCGAGCGAGGAGCUGGACGUCCUGGUGGACCUCCUGUUCGGCGCCCUGCGCCGCUGCGGCGGCGCCGCCGAGAGGGCCGGCGUCCUGGACCGUCUGACCCAGGCCGAACCGCAGCGGGACGAGCUCCUCCUCCGGAUCCUGCGGAAGGCCCGUUCCGGCCCCGCUCAGCUGGCCUUAGUGUCCGCGUGGCUCCCGGGAGAGGUCCUGGGCCGGAGGCUGGUGGCCCUGGCCGCCCUCCUGUGCGGGGAGGCCCCGGAGGCCCCGGCCGUCCCGGAGGAUCGCGCCCGCCGCGGGUGGGCCCUGCUCAGCCUGGCCCUGUGCCCGCCCGCCGGAUGCGGCGCCUGGAUCGGAGCCGUCUACGUCUCCGGGAUCCUCGACCGCCUGCGGGCCGCCCUGGCCGGGGCCGAGGUCCCCGGCGCCGCCGAGGACGGCGGGCGGCUGCCGUCGGCCGUCUGCGACCUGGCCUCGGACUUCUUCCGCUCGGCGGGCGGACGUCCGCUCGCGGCCCCGGCCCAGGAGCUGCUGCUGACCGUCUUCCGGCUGUGCUCCCGGGCGUCGGUCGUCGCGCGCCCGUCCGACCCGCUGGUCCGCCGGCUGAAGGAGGCGUGGCGGUCGGGCCUCGACUCCCUGGCCCCGCGGCUGGGCCGCGGCCACGCCCCCGGCGCCUUCCUGCCCUCGUCGGCCCAGUGGCUCAAGAGUCGGGUCCGCUCCUCUCGGCUGGACCUGAAGAGCCUUCAGGCGCUGCUGGGUCCGGCCGGGGAGAUCCUGGAGAGGCUCCUGGACGCCGGCCCGCCGGCCGCCUCCCUUCUGGGCCUCUACCUGGAGCGGGUGCUGCCCGACCCCCGCCAGUGGACGGCCACGCGGCGGACGCUGGGCCUCCAGUGGUGGCGCCGGCCCCUGCUGGAGGGGCGCUUCUCCUGGGACCCCGAGGCCGCGGGGCCCGACCGGACCGCCGACCCGCCGGCCCUCCCCGGUCACCUGUGCUGCGCGGCCCUGGCCGGGGCGCUGCUGCUGCCGGCCCUGCGCCGCGCCGCGCCUCUGCGCGACGGCCUCGCCCGGGAGACAGUCGCCGAGAUGCUGUACGCGCUGCAGUGGUGCGAGGAGCUGGAAGACCCGCCGGCCGAGCUCCUGGAGUACGAGGCCGCGCUUCGGGCCCUGAACGUCUCUCGGGACACUCUGUGUCAGCUGACCGACCCCAACGGCCUCCUCCCCCUGCUCUUCGCCAGGGCCAAGGCCGACGGGGCCCUCUGGGCUCUGACCGUGGCCCGCCUGGUCCACGCGCGACGCGUCGCCCCCGCCGAAGUGAUGCGCCUGUUGGUGACCCCGGACGGGCUCUUCCCCCUCACCGAAGGGAAGCUGCACACGGUUCAGUGCCUGUUCCCGUUCCUGCCCAAGGAGAACCAGGAAGAACUGGUGGUCCACUGCGCCGCUCGCCUUCUCACCUGCCCGGAAGAGAGCAUCUGCCAAGUUCACGGGGGCCUGGGCUACCUGGCCGUCGUCAACUCCUGCCUGAAGACGGCCCGUUUGGACGGAAAGGAGAGGGAGCACGGGAUCCUGAAGACCGUCCUGUCGUGGAAGCACCUGGACCGGGAGAUCUUCCUGUUCGGCCGCUCUCUGAGGGGCUGCGGCUCGACCCUGGUCCGGCUGAACGUGGAGAUGAUCCGCUUCUUCUCCCUGCUGCCCCGGGACCGCGCCCUGCCCUGGACCAACAACGAGUGGGACUUCGUCCUGUGCGCCAUGCUGUCCUGGCUGGAGAGCACGUGGGAGAGCCUGCUCCCGGACUCGUCCCCGCUGGUCCACCUCUUCGCCUGCCUCAGCUGCGACCUGGCCAGCACGCUGAGCGCCCACUUCCAGGCCGGCGCGCCCGACGACCGCUUCCCCGGCCACCUGGCCGACGAGUGGCGGGACUUCUUCUCCGAAGGCAUCCACCGGCUGCUGCUGCCCCUGCUCGUGGAGCUCACAGAGGAGAGCGCCGAGCAGCCGGAGACGCCCUUCCGGACGGCCACGCUGGAGUCCCUGGGCCACGCGCUGACCUUCGUCUCGCGCGCUCAGCUGCUGGAGCACCGGCUCCCCUCCCGCCUGCUGCCCGAGCAGAGGAGCAACCUGCCCGGCCCGCUGCAGUCCCUGCUCAACACCCUGGCCCCGCUGCUGCGGCGGACCCGGGACAGGCCCGUCCAAGUCACCGCCUACCACAUGCUGUCCAAGUUGAUGGCCGACCUGCCCCAGUUCGACGCCCAAGAUCUCGGGUCCUACGGCGACGAGGAGGAGGAGCCGGCCCUGUCCCCCCCGGCCGCCCUGAUGUCCGUCCUCGGCUCCCAGGAAGACGUGCUGGACGACAUCUUGGACUGCGUGCCCGUCGGAGAGGCGGUGGCCAUCCGGCCCCGGAGCCCCGAGUUCGGCCACGUCCUCGGGUACCUCCUGACCUGGAAGCUGGUCCUCACUUUCUUCAAGGCGGCCUCCUCCCAGCUGCGGGUCCUCUACUCCCUGCACCUGCGGCGGACCAAGAGCCUCCAGAAGCUGCUGUACCACCUGUUCCGGCUCAUGCCCGCCUGCCCCGUCUACCCGGCCGACCCCGGCCGGCCCCCGGCCAAGGAGCCCAAGACCUUCUUCACGGAGGAGCUCCGCCUGGACGUCAAAGGGACGGCGGCCCCGGCCACGCUGAUCCCGCACCUGGCCUGCUGGGUCUACCGCGUGGCCCUGAAGGACCUGCCGGCCAUGGUGCGGCUCUGGUGGAACGGCUGCGACAAGCGCGUCUUCGGCCUCGUGGACAAGUUCACCAGCCGGCACGUGAGCGGCGUGCUGUCGGCCCACGAGAUCGCCUCCGUGCAGUCCAGCGCCCGGCUCUUCGGCGGCAUGACGGUCAAGGCCCGCUCGGCCACGCGCGAGGUGGUGGCCACCUACUCGGUGGACGACGUCUUCAUCGAGCUCAUCAUCCAGCUGCCCCCCAACUACCCGCUGGGCUCCGUCGCGGUGGAGAGCGGGAAGCGGGUGGGCGUGGCGGCGCAGCAGUGGCGCACCUGGACGCUGCAGCUCAGCACCUACCUGACGCACCAGAACGGCAGCAUCAUGGAGGGCCUGGCCCUGUGGAAGAACAACGUGGACAAGCGGUUCGAGGGGGUGGAGGACUGCAUGAUCUGCUUCUCCGUCAUCCACGGCUUCAACUACUCCCUCCCCAAGAAGGCCUGCCGGACCUGCCGGAAGAAGUUCCACUCGGCCUGCCUGUACAAGUGGUUCACCUCCAGCAACAGAUCCACCUGCCCCCUGUGCCGCGAGACCUUCUUCUGAGCGCCCGCGGGACCCCGCCGGCGUCCCGUCGAGCCGAGGAGGGCGGCCCCCGCCUCACGGCGCGCCGCCCGACGCCUCGGGGGACGCUUGAG